CCGGACCUGUUAGAAUCAAAAUGCGCAAACAAGUCUGCCGAAACGAAAUAACGAUUACGUUCAGAGUUUGAACUUGUUUCAAACCCAGUUUGACUUUGGCCGUCUUGUCGUACAGCCGCGCUGUUUGGGUGACUGUUGCUUGUAGCAGUGUAUCGCAGAGGAAGUGAAAGUGAUAGACAGAUAAUCAAAUUUACCUGUUAUUACUCGUUUGAAGUCUUCACGCAGUGAUUGGCACUCCAUACUUCAAAAUGACGACACUAGUCGAAAUCAUGACCCAGCGUGGACCAGCCUUCGAUUCCAACUGCAUGACGCUGACGCGUUUUGUACUGCAAGAGCAGAAAAAGCACAAACAUGCGACCGGCGAUCUGUCGCAGCUGCUCAACUGCAUCCAGACUGCGAUCAAGGCUAUCAGCUCGGCUGUUCGAAAAGCGGGAAUCGCUAAACUGCAGGGAAUCUCCGGUGAUACGAAUGUACAGGGUGAGCAGGUUAAGAAGUUGGAUGUACUAUCGAACGAAAUUUUCAUCAACAUGCUGAAAUCUUCGUACACCACGUGUCUACUUGUGUCGGAAGAAAAUGACAACGUGAUCGAAAUCGAAACUGACAAACGAGGCAAAUACGUGGUUUCCUUCGAUCCUUUAGACGGUUCCAGCAACAUUGAUUGUUUAGUAUCGAUUGGAUCCAUUUUUGGCAUCACCAAACAAGCCAAUGAAGGAGUGGAUCCGUCGAUUGAAGAUGCACUCCAACCUGGUAACAAAAUGGUUGCCGCUGGUUAUGCUCUGUACGGAUCCGCCACAAUGAUCGUGAUUUGUUUGGGUCAAGGUGUUCACGGUUUUAUGUACGAUCCAUCGAUAGGCGAGUUUGUGUUGACCGAUUAUAACAUGCGCAUACCCGAACGGGGCAAUAUCUAUUCGAUAAAUGAGGGUUACUCCUCAACUUGGGAUCCAUCAGUGUACAACUAUGUACAGGAUAAGAAAGAUCCAGCCAAGGGAAAACCGUACGGAGCUCGCUAUGUCGGAAGCAUGGUCGCCGAUGUGCAUCGGACGAUCAAGUAUGGAGGAAUCUUCAUCUAUCCCGCGACCGCAGCUGCUAAGAAUGGCAAGCUUCGUCUGCUCUACGAGUGCAAUCCGAUGGCUUACAUUGUGACCAAAGCUGGCGGAAAGGCCAGCGCUGGUAAGGAUAAGGAAAUUUUGGAUGUGGUACCAACAUCAAUUCACCAGCGUUGUCCAAUUUAUCUCGGUUCUAAACUAGACGUGGAAGAAGCAUUGAGUUAUAUCAAGUGAAAGCUUAAAUAUUGGAGGAAGCACCGAAAGAUAUUUGUUGUAUAUAAAACGCUCUCAAAAUUGAAUCUAAAUAUAUUCCAUAAAAAUUA